AUGUUGAAGGAUGUCCUGGAGAGUGGUGACAACGGCGAGCCCAUGCCUGGACUCAAUGGAGAACCGAGCUCUUCCUCCACCAUCUUUGCUCAGCAGCUCAGGAGUUUGCAGGAAGUUUUGGACUGUGGGGACUACGUUGUGGUCACAAACGCGAGACACAUCAAGGUGACUGGUCACAAAGACAAACAAUUGGUAUACCUAUUACCACCCGCAAGCACACAAUGUUCUCUGCCAACAAUCACGGGCCUAGCUUCGGCGUUAGAUGCGCUUCAUAACCCGAACUUUGGUAUCACAUACUACGAGGACGCUGAGAUGCGCCCUGCGACGCCUGUUGUAGAUGGUGUCAAGGCACCUGCAAAAUUAUCCGCUGCUAUUCAGUACAGACAAGACUAUGGGGCACUUGUUCAACGCUUGCGACCCUCGUACCCACCGAUAUCUGAGGACUUCAAGUCUAGUGCUGUUACUGUGUUUUUGGCAGGUUCUACAGGCUAUCUCAGGGUCCAUGUCGCAUGGCACAUUGUUGGUAGGGAAGACAAUCAUGUGGUUGAUCUCCGCCCUAUACCUGUCUCAGGUGGUGAACGGGAUGUGAUUACAUGGAUCACGCUGAUUUAG